AAUUGUUUUAGCUAGUCAAAAAGAAACGUAGAAACCAGUUGAGUCCAUCCAUCCAUCCAUCCAUCAACCAUGGCCACAUUACAAUAUUGCAAUUCUCUCAGUUUUCUCAACAAAACCUCCCACCCCAUAAGAAGAAGACACUGUUUCAACCCCGUUUUCUCAUCUCCAAGUAUUGGCACUUCAAUUUCCACAACUUCCACUGUAUUAAACACCAAAAUUUCCAUAUUACGUUGUAAUGUUUCUGCUGACAAAGCAGUUGUGUCCGAUUCCACUAUAACUGAUUCCUUCAAACUCACAUAUUUAGAGGGAAAUAGUUGGCUAUGGAAUGUGGGUGGAGCAAAUAUAUUGGUUGAUCCUAUUUUGGUGGGUAACUUGGAUUUUGGAAUCCCUUGGUUAUAUGAUGCUUCUAAGAAAUUUAUAAAGAACUUUCAGCUCAGUGAUCUUCCUGAAAUUGAUUGCUUACUCAUUACUCAAAGCCUUGAUGAUCAUUGCCAUUUGAAGACCCUAAACCCCUUUUCUCAGAAAUUUCCAAAUAUUAGAGUUAUAGCAACUCCUAAUGCCAAGAGCUUACUGGACCCUCUUUUUAGAAAUGUUACAUAUAUAGAACCUGGACAAAGCUCUGAAAUUGAAACAAAGUAUGGUUCUAAGGUCGGGAUUAAGGCUACAGCAGGACCAGUUCUUGGACCACCUUGGCAACGUCCUGAAAAUGGGUAUCUUGUUACGUCUUCGCAAGUCCAAUUGUCUCUCUACUAUGAACCUCACUGUGUCUAUAAUCAAAGCUUCAUUGAAAAGGAAAAGGCAGAUAUUGUGAUCACACCAGUCGUAAAACAGUUAUUGCCCAAGUUUACGUUGGUUUCAGGACAGGAAGAUGCAGUAAAACUUGCAAAGCUUCUGCAAGCCAGGUUUGUUGUCGCAAUGAAAAAUGGAGAUCUAGAUAGCAAAGGGCCUCUUGCAAGCAUAAUUGCGUCAGAGGGAACAAUAGAAUCAUUCAAGGCAUGGAGUACCAAUGGUGUUAAUGGCCGUGUUCUCCGAAGUAGCCUCACUAGUCUUAUGAGCGCAGAAGAUACGAUUCAGUGAAAACUGAAUAUUUAUUUUUCCGACAAUACAAAGUUCAGUGUUAAUCUUAAUCUGUUCAGAAUGGUCGGUUGCAAGCAUAAAAGUUUACUUUCUUGGUGAGUUGGUCUCGAACCCGUAAGCCAACGUCUGGUAUCAGAAGCCCAUGUAUCUCAUAUGUUCCCAUUCUAAUUUUGAUACAUUUUGUAUUAUUUUGUCUAUUCAUGACACUCCUUAUGCCGUGAGCAAUCUUGUUAAUAUAUAUUCAUUGGGUUUUUCAAAAAACAAAAUAAAAAAAUCAAGAGUUGGGGCCCUGACCUUGUUGGCAAAAAUGAGAGGAUCCACCUUCAGAGUGUUAAAACUAGCCAUGGGUCAAAGAAAGAGAGACAAGUGUGUAAAAAGAGCAAUGGAUAGGGUUCUAGAAGCAAGAUGUGAGACACUGGGCCGAAAACUUACUAAGCGAUGACUGAUUAGUGACACUGACAUGUGCCAAUGUCGUGUAGAUUUUGCUCAUAUAUUGACUGCAUUUGUUUGACAGUAAAGAAAUAUUUACCUCAAAAUUACAAGAUUUUCAUCGAAAGAGCCAAAACGUAUCUCAUUUUACACUUGAGCUUCUAAUCUCCUAUGAAGAUAGAAUGCAGACAAAUAACAAGUAAUAAAAUAGGUUUAGGACUUAAAACAGUUCCAAACUUAGAUAACAUUGGUCGACAACUUGCAAACUCACCUUUUAUUUGAAUACUGUUCCUACCCAUUAUACUUGCCUUAUUCCUUCACGUACAUCCCUGAUUGUUCCCCAAGUGACUGUUUUAUGUCUCGCAUAACCCAUGUGUAUUCACUCACAGCAUCUGGAAAUUUAGUGCGAGUUUAGCAUUUGCCUAAAUUAAUCUUUGUAAGGCUUUUCUUGCUUCAGUUGCUUCAUUGUCAGUCUCCGUUUAUUAUUUGAAUUCAAUCAUCUAAAUCAACCAGCCUUCAAUUGUCAUUUUGCAUAUGGCUAAGGACAUUCCUUGUAGGUUGUUUACAUCUGUCCUUCAUGGGAGAUAUACUUGCGAUGCAUCUUCUAUCAACAAGUUGUGUGGAAGAAUUGUUUCAAUUUAGUAACUUUUUCUUCUUUUUGAACUUUGUGAACUGUCAUUUUUACAUUAUUAUAUUUGUCUGAAAUAGCUAAACCUAGUGUCUCUCGUGUACAAUGAUAAUGAAAUUAUUGUAACUGCAAGAACAAAUAUAGUUAGCACCUUUGCA